CAGGAGGAUCGCCUAGAGGAUGGUCGCCUAGAGGAUAAUCGCCUGGUGGCCCCUGCUCGGCAGGCCCGGCUGGGUGUGCAGCUCUACAUGGCAGGAGGGGGUAACAGCACAGCCAGGGCAGCUGUCCCGUGAAAAUGAUGGAGAUGCUAGAGGAAGAAUUAACCUGUCCUGUCUGCCACGGCAUUUUUGAAGAUCCUUGUAUUUUACCCUGUUCACACAGUUUCUGCAAAAAAUGUUUGGAAGGGAUCCUAGGAGACAGUAACAGGAAUACUCUGUGGAGGCCGAUGCAUCUCAAGUGUCCAACCUGCCGUAAGGACACGUCUGUAAUGAGUGGUAAUGGGCACCAAGUGAACUACUUGCUGAAAGGAAUUGUUGAGAAAUACAACAAAACAAAGGUGGUGCAGAAGAUGCCAGUUUGUAAUGUGCACACUGAACAACCUCUCAAUAUUUUUUGUUCUACUGAUUUGAAGCUGAUCUGCGGGUUUUGUGCAACUCGUGAACACAGCGGUCACAUGCUUACUUCUAUUGAUGAUGCUUACCACCAAGAGAAGAGUUCUUUUCAGACUCUUUUUCGGGGAUUUGAGAGCAAUCAUCAUUGCCAUGCACAUUCCCACUUGGAUUCUUUGGAAACGAGCAAAAGUGACGCUCUCCAUUCGUUGACGAUACAGUCGGAGAACGUGAAUGCUUAUUUUGAAAAGUUACAACAGGUGCUAGAGCAGAAAAAGAAUGAGGUCCUCUCAGACUUUGAGACUAUGAAGCUUGCAGUGAUGCAGGCUUAUGAUCCAGUGAUCAACAAACUCAGUACUGUACUCAAUGAGCAAAAAAAUGCAUGGGUCAUUGCUGAAAGUAUGAAGGACAUCACCGAUCCUCUCCAGUUCCUGCAACAGAUGCACAAAUUUAGGGAAAAGGUCCAGUUAAUCAACGAAGUGCAUUUGCCAUCUGCCUCUGAUGUGACAGCCAGCCCUAUGAAGAAUUUUGAUACCAAACUGUGGGAUACCAUUCAGCUUAAGGACGUGGAUAAACUAGGUUUGCCACAGAAACCUCCCACAAGUAAAUACGGGUUCCAGCUGACCAUUCCAUUCACCUUUGGGGCCAUUGCAAGAGGUGUCUUGUUCGUUCUUUUAAUGAGCGCUCUCUAUUUCUUUAUACCAUAUAUCGCAAAGAGUAACAGCUUCCAUAAAUAUCUUGAACUUACAUAUUGUCAGCUGUCACACAGCACAGACGUGGCUACAAAAGUGAUAUAUGACGUCGGUGAGACUUGUCAGAGCUUUGCCUACUCAUGCCUGAAAUACAUUGGCAAAUUGAAGCUGUAAUUUCUGUAUAGUUAAGUGUUUAAGAAUAAACAUGACCUGAGCAUAUGGGUCAGUGAAAAAAUGAUUGUCUCAUUUGUGUAUCAUCCGAUAUCAUUGUCGUUGUUGGCAUGCAGUUAUGUGACAUUACCGGUGGCUCUUUCAUGUAGGCUGUGACCUGUGGGGAAAAAGCCCUUGUACACCAAAUUAAUAAGGUUUCAUGUUAUUAGCAAUGG